UUUAUGAACUUUUAUGAUCGAACCAUGUAAAUAAUGCAUUGCUGACCAUUCUUUAAUUAUAAAAGUUCGUAGACUGUCAUCCAACGAUAAAACCUGAACUUCCCUUUAAUUAGUAAUUUGUACAUAUAUAUAUCAGCUGUGGGUAAAUAAAACUUGUAUACGUAAAUCCAACAAGAGCCACGAUAUUUUGUACGCGCUGCCAUCUGCGCCUAGCAUAAGCAAACGAAACAAACUUGAUCAUCUGACAUCCCUGUCAAACACUUUUCGUAUGCGUUCGUCGACGCAAGUGCAGAAACAGUGGCUUGUGAACACUUUAUCUUAAAAAUGUUUAUAGCAAGAUAGCACCGAGCAACAUGAACAAGAAUAUGAAUUCUCCGUCUAAACUUACGGAGUUCGCUCCGUUAAGUCCAGAGGAGAGCCAACCUGUUGUAGCUUCCUUAUUUUCAAAAUUCUUUAGCUUCACUAGAAGUUCGCAAAAUGUUGACGAUUCUACAAUUUCUUCUACCAAUGAGGAACAAAGCUCAUCGGAUUCAGAAUCAUGGAAGCAAUCAGAAAGUACUGAGAAAACACCUGAGGAUGAUAGCUCUAGUAUGAUGAACUUUCCUUUGGAUACUCGCGAAGGCAGAAGUUUACCCAAUGUUUUAAAACGUAUCAGUAAUAUUGUAGCUUUAAAAAGCAAUAAUUUACGUUCGUACAAAGAUUCCCAGUUAAGAAGUUACUGGAUGCCAGAUAAUGUAAGCAAACAGUGUUACGAAUGCGGAGAACGAUUUACAACAUUUCGUAGAAGACAUCAUUGUCGUGUUUGUGGUCAGAUAUUUUGUUCAAAAUGUUGCUGCGAUCAAAUACCUGGCAAAAUUAUGGGAUGCACUGGAGAUCUUAGAGUUUGUACGUAUUGCUGUAAGGUAGUUUUAUCUUAUUUACAAUCGUCAGACAUGAGAAGUGACCUGUCAGCGGAUUUGAAAGCAUUACAAGAAGACCUUCAAGUUAAAUAUGGAAGUGAUCCUCCACCUAUAACUCAAAAGAAUGCUAAUGAAUCUGCAGAGGAUGAUACGUCCAUCUGUAGAAAACCAAGUGUAGGAUACAUGGAGGAGAAAUAUGCAAUUGGACGCUCAGCAACUAGUUACUUGACAUCCCAAGAACGCUCAAUCGCUUUACAAAAUUCGGCUUCUUUAAGAAUGAUUUAUGAAGAGUUGUUUAGAUCAAGUCAAGCAAUUCUGUUACAAACGCACAGAAUCAGACUGAAAAGUUAUCACAACUGCUUUUUAGCAAAUGAAUUAGUAAACUGGAUGAUAGCACAAAAUAAGGCAGCUACUAGAGUGCAGGCUACUGCUAUAGGGCAAGCAUUAUUGGAAGCAGGUUUUAUUGAACCAGUGGUUGCUGACAAUGUAUUCAGCGAUAUGGCAACCGUAUUUAAACCAGUAAAAUUGCAACAUAUACAAAAUAUGGAUUUGUUAACUGAGACGCAAAAUACGUGCGAUGCUCAAGAACCUGCAUGGGUAAAAACAAUUCCGCAACAUGAUUCAACCACUGAUUCUGAAAGUGAAACAAAACCUUCAAAUUCAAUGCAGCAAAGUACCGGACGUUUACCGUCUUCUAGCUCAAGUUUCUAUUUAGAUUUAAACUUGGAAGCAUCCACUGUUACGUUAAAAAGACCCACGUCGGAGGAUUUAACCACAAUUUCUGUAGACAGUAGUGAUGGUGUUAUCGAACAGAAAGAAGUCACGGUUAAAUCACAUAAGUGUAAUUUGAAAAUCGCUGAUGAUCUUUUGAACGAUACACUGCAAGUAGAGGAAUUUAAAGAAAAAGGCGGAUGGCAUAAAGCAACGAAUCUGAGAACUGCGUUUGGAGAACUUCAUGCUUAUGAAUGUCUAACAUCUGCAUAUAAGCAACAUGAAGACUCCCUAAUUAAGCAACUUCUUAAUAAAGAAGGUUUAUCACAAAGUUGGUCAGAAGUAAUACUUCCCAUUGCUCAUCAAAUUAUUGAUCAUGUUAGACCAGAUUUAAAUCACAAUGUCGACGAUUUGGACAUUCGACAAUAUGUACAAAUAAAAAAAUGUCCAGGUGGUAGUAGAGAUGAUUGUGAAAUUGUGUCCGGCGUAGUUUGUACCAAAAAUGUUGCACACAGAGGAAUGAACGCGAUGAUAGCUCAUCCAAAAAUCUUAUUACUUCAGUGCGGACUUAUGUAUCAACGUGUAGAAGGAAAGUUAUUGAGUUUGGAGCCUGUGAUGUUACAAGAAAAUGAGUAUUUAGGUCAUACGGUUGCUAGGAUUACUGCUCUUGGUCCAGACGUAGUACUUGUACAUCGUUCUGUAUCGAGAUUAGCACAAGAUAGACUCAGAGAAUGUGGAGUAACACUCGUUUUGAAUGUAAAACUUAGUAUUCUUGAAAGAGUUGCACGAUGUACCGGUGCUAAUAUUGUGAAUACCAUCGAUGCACACAUAGGCGCAAGGUAUAUGCUUGGUACAUGCAAAAAGUUUUACUUGCGAAACUUUUCAAGCGACAAAAAUGGAAUGAAAACACUGAUGUAUUUUGAGGGGUGUGCACAUCCACAUCUUGGAGCUACAAUUUUGUUAAGAGGUGGUUCUCAAGCGGAAUUAAAAAAAGUGAAGAAUGUAACUUCAAUGAUGAUUUUUGCUGCUUAUUCUUGGCGUCUUGAAAAAUCAUUUCUUAUGGACGAAUUUGCUAGACCACCAUCUCCUAAAGAUAAUUCAUUUUUGGAUGAAACAGUAAACAAAGAUACCAAAGACUUUGAAGAGAUGAAUAAAGUAGUGUACGCUACAACCAGAGAAGUUGACGAUUCAUCGUCAAUCCAUAAAGAGCAUGCAAAUGAUACAGAAAUUUUGAAAAUAUCAAAAAUUCAAGAAAGUUCUGAUAAUAUAUCAAUUGGUAAACAAAGUAUAGAAAUAGAAUUUUCAGCUAAUGAACCGAUUUCAGAUCAAGCUUCUGAACAUAUAUUAGACUCAAAUUCCGUUAAACAAAUAUCUUCUAUAUUGUCUGAAGAUGCUGAUCCUUACGAUACUUUAAAAUUAUUUAAACCUAGAACAAAAACUUCUGUCAUUUCUACAAAAAACACGGAAGACAAUCUAGCAAAUAAAACAUUAAGUAACAAUGAAGAUCCAAGUAAUACUGUCGAACAUGAAAUGGAUAGCAGUGAAGAACCGAAUAGUACGAUUGAACUAUUUGGAACUAAAACUAAUGAGAAAAUAAUCAAAAAUACCAAAGAAGAAAUUGAGAAAUUAAGAAUAAAAGAUAAAGCCGCGUCAGAGGAGAAGCGAAUUUAUGGAGAGUCCAUAAGCGAUCACAGUGAUCCAUUGCAUCAGUAUUUAAACGAAGGUGAUGAAGAUGUAUUCAGUCAAACUAGUCCUAAUGGUCAACAUUUAAGUGUUGCUGACUUGCCACUAUUAAAUAAAUUUAAGAAAGCGCUGGAGGGAACGAUAUUAAGCGUUUCGCCUUAUUUAAAAUUUUCUAUACCUUAUUUGGAAACAGAGACAGGAAGAAACUGCGUACUGCGAAGCUUUUUUCCAAGAGAAAUUUUUUAUUCUGCACAGUUUGUGGAUAAAGUGAAAGAAGUUAAAGCCAGUAACAUGGCGAUAGAAUCCAGAAUUGAAAAUCCAUUAUUGAGAUUGAAAUUAAAACCUCAACAUCCGUUUGUUCAAGCGAGGCUAACUACUGAUGUUGAUAGUCAAGAAGUGCAAGCGCUGCUGGCUAAUUUUAGAGCGUGUGGUAGUCGACUGUAUCCAACAAAUAAUGUUUUGUGCGACAAACAGCAGAUUGUAAUGCAAUCUGAAGUUAAUGAUCAAACACCUGUGUGGCCUGAUUGUUUGGACCCUGCUAGCCAUCAACGUCUGUCUGUGUUAUUUUGCAGCUUCUCUCAUAGUGGUAACGAUACCCCAGCAUUCUGUGUGAAUCCAUGGGUAGUCAACAUGGACUUAUACGGAAGAAAUGAUAUUGCACUAGGACGUUUUCUGGAACGCUACUGUUUAACCACGGAAUGUAAAUGUCCUGCUCAAGCAUGUCGAGCACAAAUUGCCCAGCAUGUCAGGCGUUUUGCACAUGACGGUGGUUGCAUACAUAUCAGUUUAAACGAAAUGAGUACCGAACCUUUCUCUCAAGAGAAUGCAAAUCAGAUAUUGAUGUGGAGUAAAUGCAUGAAAUGCAAAAGUGUUUCACCAGUGGUACCAAUGUCAGAUGACACUUGGUCUUUGUCCUUUGCCAAGUAUUUGGAACUACGUUUUCAUGGUAGUGCUUAUACUCGGCGAGGUACAGACACCUGUCAACAUUCCCUUCACCACGAUCACUAUCAAUAUUUCACUAAGAAAAAUAUGCUAGCCGUAUUUAAGUACACAAAGAUAUCCCAGUGGGAAAUUUCUUUACCACCCCCUUUGAUAAAUAUCGUGUAUGAUCCGAAACAACAUGCCGAUGUGAUAGAAGAGAUGAAAAGUAUAGCGUUAAAAGGAGACGAAGUAUUUUCCUCCAUACGAGAGAAAUUAUUAACCCUACAAAUUGAUACGGACAAUUUAAAUGCUGCCAAACAACAGUUAACUAAAGAUCAGCAAUAUUUCAAGAAUAAAAUUGAAGAAAUUCAGUUGAAAUUAACGUCCCCAACUUUGGAGAACAAAAAGCUCGAAGGGAAAGUGUCUGAAAAGCAAGUGCAAGCACUGAUGUUCAGAAUUGAAGAUGGAAUAGUGAUCUUGAAACGGUUGAUAUCGGAAGUUGUGUUCAAUUGGAACGCAAAGAUUUUAGAAAUGUCUGUUAAGAAGAAGGAUGAAAGACCUAGACGAUUUACUGAACGAUCAUUAACAACUGGCAGUAAUAGCAUAAUAGACACGGAUGGAUACAUAACCGAAGAUACUGCAUCAGAAUCUCAGAUUGAAGAUUUAAGUCCUAUGUCGGCAGAUUAUAAUGCUAUCGAUGCUAUCGCGGCGGUACAACAUGAUUUACAAGGAAUUGAAGGAUUAGAAAGUUCAGAUAAUGAAGUUUUAGAGAACAAUAAUCCUGAAGACAUUGCUAUCGUUCAGGGAUCUCCAAAGAUGCAUCAAAGAUCACACUCUGAUGUGUUACCUGUUGCUUUGGACGAUAUACCAGAUAAAAAGAAGAAGAAGAAAACAAUUUUAUCACAAUUGUUGCCUUCGAUGCCUGUUGUUCAACCAAUAGCAAAUCCACUGGGAAGUUUGGAACAUCACUUACUUCCACUAGGGUCUGUUGUACCUAUAGUGGUAUACGAAUCAGAACCUUCAUCAAUAAUUGCAUAUGCACUUGAUUCGCAUGACUACAAACAUGCACUGCAUGAGUUGAUGCGUUCAACAAAAGGGCCAGAUUUAAAUCCUAGUCCUCUGAUUAAAAGGAAAUUUCCAGAAAACAAAGAGAAUUUCCCUGAUAUAAUACAAUCUGGGGAAUUUAAGAGGCCAUCAGUUUUGUCAUUUUUCAGAGGAAACAGUCCAAAUUCUGCGAGCCCCAUAGAUUCGGAAAAAAAUUCAACUACAAGUGUGGAUUCUAGCGCACAAAAUCCAUCAACAGUUGCGGAAACUGAUGAGGAUAAGAAAACGACAAAACAACAGAACUAUAUCGAAGUACAAUUCAAUGAUGCAACGACAAAUUUCUACUGUAGAAUAUAUUUUGCUGCGCAAUUUGCUGCUUUCAGAGAAAGCGUUUUACCAUGUGGAGAGGAUGGUUUUACAAGGAGUAUGAGUCGAAGUGUGCAAUGGGCUGCAAGAGGCGGAAAAAGCGGAAGUACUUUUUGCAAAAGUCGAGAUGACAGGUUCAUCAUAAAAGAAAUGUCUAGAUUAGAAAUGCAAAUAUUCCUUGAUUUUGCACCCAAUUAUUUUUCCUACAUGGAAAAAUGCCAACAAACUAAACAGCCAACGCUGUUGGGAAAGAUAGUUGGCGUUUACAGAGUAUCUUUUAAAAAUAAUACGACAAACGCAGCUUUACGCACUAGUGUUCUAGUGAUGGAAAAUUUAUUUUAUAAAAGAACAAUAACGGAUAAGUUUGAUUUGAAAGGAUCUGUGAGAAACCGACUGGUUAAUCCUGAAGACAUAUGUCACGAAGGAGAACUUGUUCUAUUAGAUGAAAACUUAUUAAACAUGAGCUGUGAUUCACCACUGUAUAUCAGAUCACAUUCCAAAGCAGUUUUAAAUAGAGCCAUCGAACAAGACACAAAAUUCCUGGCCGAUAAUUCUGUCAUGGAUUAUUCACUGUUAGUAGGUCUGGAGCCAAAUUCGGAUGAACUUGUUCUUGGCAUAAUAGAUUACAUACGAACGUUUACCUGGGACAAAAAGUUAGAGACAAUGGUAAAAAAAUCAGGUAUAUUAGGUGGCCAGGGAAAAUUACCAACGAUAAUAUCACCGGAAGAAUAUCGUGCUCGUUUUAUAGCAGCUAUGCAUCGAUACUUCUUACCAGUACCGGACAGAUGGUCCGGUUUAGGUAGAGGUGUAGAAACAUCAUGAAGUGAUCAGUGAAAAGUGAGAUUUGCAAUUUUUCACAAUUAUAUACUAAAUAUAUUGUACAUAUAUUUUCUAUGCAACUGACACAAAUGUAACAAGCAGUGUUGCAUAUAAACAUGUGAUGUGUAUUAUUAUUGUAGAGAAUUAUUAGUGCUUUGUUACAACGUUUUGUAAUGAAAAGAAGUGAUGGAACAAAAGUUACCAUAUUGUAACGAAACAUCUCGUUGUACAGUUUUAGUUUCAUAAUUUGCAUAACUACGUAAUAUUUGCAUUACAUCAUUUGUAUUUGUAUUCAUUAGCUCAUUCGAUUAGUGUAUUACAUGUACAUAAUAAGUUUGUACGUACUAUAAUUCAUAAGCGUGUCUCUCUUCAAGUUCGAUGUACAAAGGGCAUGAAUGAGAGUUACAUGAAAUUAUAUAAAAGUCUAUGAAAGCACCAUUAUUUAUGUUUUAUUUAGAAUUAUGUACAUGAACGUUAUUUAUUAUUAUUGAUAGUCAAAUAAACAAUAAUAAUAUAAUAAUAAGAGCUUUAACAUAAUAAUAUUUUUCAUAAUAGUUUAGAUCAGUGUUCCGAAAUUUGUACGCAAUUAAAUGAACAUCAGGCUAAUACAAUUUCAAUGCAUCAUUUACUUAAUAAAGUCAAAAGGACCAGAUAUAUUUUGCAGUGAAUAAAUUACGGAACACUAGUCUACACGUUACAAACACAAAAAAGAUAUUAAAGCGUAUACCUUACAAAAAAAUCUUGUCAUACUGAUUUUUAUAUGACAUAAUUUCCGAUUGUAUUUACACAAAUGAAUGCACAAUAUGAUAACGUUGCAGCGAAACUCAAACAUUUGAACUAUUUCAUCUUUGUAAUGUAAAUUAUACUGAUCAUAAGUUCCUCGUAUUUGUCAAGAUCAUAAUUCUAACUGCAAGUAAGAAAUCUGCACAUAGUGACUAGUCAAUUAAACUUCGGAUAUAUCUCUUUCGAUAAUGAAAUUUCUUUUAUGAAUUCAAAUUAAUUACGAGUUGUAGAUGUAUCGCAAAAUUAAAUACGCUCUCAUAGGAAAGAAAUUGUUUAAGCAAAAAUGAAACUAAAUUUUAAUGAUGCAUUAUUGAUCUAUACUAUAAGAAUGAUUAAAUGAAAAACUGUUUUUAUCGUAUAUACUGUCCUGAUAAAUUACACGAGCUGCCAUACAAGGAUUUCUUGUGAAUAAUAUGAACUUUCAGGUUAAAUCAUU